AUGGGUGAUUACCAUGCCGCUGCCACCGGAUUUUAUUUCUCGAAUAACGCCGCCAUUGAGACUCCAAGUUCAACGGUAGCCGUCUCUCACAUCAAAGAGGUAGUCUCUGAGGAGGACAUCUCUAUUGUCUCACCAGUCAAAGUUCUCGACCUUCAGGCGGCCAAUAAGAAGCUACGAGAAGACGCCCAUUCUUUUGCUUUUGAAAGUAAGGAUGGAAUAAAAGGCCGGGUUGACGUUGUACGGGUCUCAAGUAACGAUCCUGUGGAAGAUGAGUGGGCUGUUAGUGCUGGAAAGGGUGUUGGCGGUUCCAAUACUGUCUUUGCAGGCGUCUACGAUGGACAUGCCGGCGGCGCCACAUCUGCAACAUUGAAAGCGACAUUGAUUCCCUAUGUGUCGACUGCACUGAACCGUCUUGCUCGGUCGGCUCCAGGCGAAGUGAUAGAUACAGCCAUCAAGGAUGCCUUCGUCCAUCUCGAUGACCGCAUCCUCGAUAUAGCCAAAGUAGCCUGUGAGGCAGGCCAUGAUCCGGGAUCCGCAGAAGUUGUCUCGGCACUCAUGCCGGCUGCUCAUGGUUCUUGUGCUCUGCUGGCCGUCUAUGAUCUCCAUGCCUCUAUUCUGCGCACUGCUGUAACAGGUGACUCACGUGCUGUCCUCGGCUCCUGGUCCGCUACGACUGGCAUGUUUUCGGCAGAUGUGUUGAGCAUUGAUCAAACGGGGUUUAACCAGGACGAGGUCAGGCGACUGGACAGGGAGCACCCUGGGGAGAUCGGCGAGCUCAUCGACACCAAAGAAGGACGCCUUGUAGGGCUCAUGGUGACGCGCGCGUUUGGGGAUAACCGGCUGAAGUGGCCGAACGAUCUUCUCAAGCUGUCGCAGUCGCACUACCACGGCUUUGGCCCACUGGCUAAGAAUAAGACACCACCGUACUUAACGGCGCGCCCUGAGAUCACUACCCGGCGAGUCCAGACUCAAGAUUUUGCCAUUCUCGCUUCCGACGGUCUGUGGGACGUCAUGUCGAGCGACGACGCCGUAGAGUGCGUCUCACGCUGGUUAGUGGCACGAAACGCUGGCAAAUCGGAGCCGGUUCAUGAUAUCAAGGCCGUGGGCAAGGCUGCGGGCAAGCUCGAUGAUAAGGGCUGGCUUACAAGUUCGAUCACGCCCGAGCUGUUCGCCAUUGAGGACCUCGACAAUGCGGCCGUGUGCCUAGCUAAGAACGCGCUUGGUGGAAAGAGAAGGUCGAUGUUCUGCGGGGCGAUGACAGUGCCUCCACCGAUUAGAAGAAACGUAAGGGAUGAUAUCACAGUACAGGUCAUUUUCUUCAAAGACCCGUCAAUCUAG